AUGACGCCCCCGAAGGCAUUUGACUUCGAGGGCGAGGUGGCUAUCGUCAACGGUGCCGGUUCUCGCAUGGCUGAUUGGGAAUGGUCGCAAGAGACCAAGCGGAUGGUCGAGGAGAAAGGGGGAACCUCCGAGGUGAUCCAAGCGGAUGUCACGAGCGAGGACUCCUGCGAGCAGGCCAUAGUCAAGACGAUCGAGCUGUUCGGGAUUGUCCACGUCUUGGUGAAUAUCGGUAUUGGGCGUUGGAGGUGUGAUGGGGACGUGAUCAAGGUCGAUCUAGAUGCGUGGGACCGCGACUUUCGCAUCAACGUGGCCAGCAUGGUACUGAUGUGCCGUCACGCCAUUCCUGAAAUGCGCAAGAACGGCCGCGGGGCUAUUGUGAACAUGUCUUCGGUCAGUGGUCUCUAG